AUGUUCAUUGAAUUUAAGAUUUCCAGUUCUAAAAUAACUAUCGCUACAGAGUGUGAAGCUGCCUUCCCAUCAGUCAUAGUGCACGAGCCUUUCCUGGUGACGGGACAGCUGCACACAGCCACCUUGGCGCACGAACAACCUCUAGUAGGCACCGUCUGUACUGCUGCUGGCUGGGGAACCACUGCAGAGCAUCAUUUCAACUCGAGUAAUGCCCUUCUUGAAUCUCACCUUACCACUCCCACCACUCCACAGUUUGGCCAAGUGUCUCCUGUGCUCUUGAUAGCAAAUCUGACAGUGGUGGAGAGGAGCCGCUGCCAGGACGCGAUCACGCCUCACAGAUCCACUGCCAUCAUUGACUCAUCUGUGUUUUGUGCGGGUGGUGACGGCAUGAGCGACACGUGCGAGGGUGAUUCUGGGGGACCUCUAGUUUGCGGCGGCGUUGUGGCGGGGAUGGUGUCAUGGGGCGUUGGGUGCGGCCGCCGGGGGUUCCCUGGCGUGUACACCUCCGUGCCACACUGGAGGAAUUGGAUCACCAAGCAACUAAAUCCUCACUCAUCCACUUCGCUCUUUUCACCACCACCACUUCGCCGCUAUCUGAAACCUACCGCCAAAUAUAUUCCCAUUGAGGUCAAGUGAUAUUUGAACGUAAUAAACUCUGCAAUCACGCUGCCACUAUUGAGUCAGUAGGAAUUCUUAAAGGAACAUUAGAGAAAAUCAGACGUAAUGUAUUCCCUCUGAAGAAUAGAGUGAUAGACGAGUGGAACAGACACAUUGAUCAGUUCGUCUCGAAUCAGUAGGGAGAUUGUAAAAAUAUCAUAUAAAAUUCCACUCUGUCGCGGUAUAUGAGUAGGGUGAAUGGAUUAGACUCAGUACUCAAGUUGUUAGUGCCGAAUUGAUAAGAAGUUUUAAAAGAGUAUUAGACAAAUUCAUGGCCGUUGAUGUAAGUGGAAAAGCUUAGAUUGGUUUUAUAAAGAAACAACCAAGUGUAGUCCUGAUAUAUUCUUGCAUCUUUCCUUACUAUCUUUUGUCCUCAUCUCAGUUCUUUCACAAUAAAACUCAAUCUUGUACAACCGCUGCUAUCCUACCAACUUGUUUCGUCAGUCUAGUCUUAGUCAUUUACCGUUCCACACUCUUUCAAUCAGUGACCAUUAUCCUUAAAAUGUUUGCUCAUCAGACAUAUUUUGAAUAAACUAGAUACUGUGGAAGGGUGGUGAAGGGAUA